AUUUUGCAAACGUAACAAAAUCUCUAAUUCUCGAAUAAACACAAACGGUAAAACUGACGUACAUCCACCAAAAGGAGUUUAUUUAUUUAAGUGUGGCGUUAAUGGAAAUACAUGGUUAAAUUUGAAAUGUAAAGGCAACGGAAGCGUUGUCAGAAGUCUAAUAAAAAAGAAAGAAAAUUUAGAUCAUACAGAGAGAGAAUAAAGGAAAUUAUUACUUACAAGACGUCUGAAGAAAGUUCAUAUUCUGGUAAUGGACGAAUCAAAUAUACAAGAUAAGGAACGGUAUGCAAGCCGUGAAAAUCACUGCGAAAUUGAACGCAGGCGGCGUAAUAAAAUGACAGCUUAUAUCACAGAACUAUCGGAUAUGGUGCCAACGUGUAGCGCUUUGGCCCGUAAGCCCGACAAGUUGACUAUCCUUCGCAUGGCGGUAGCACAUAUGAAAGCUUUACGUGGUACCGGUAAUACCAGCAGUGAGGGCCCCUACAAACCGUCUUUUCUAACCGAUCAAGAACUUAAACAUCUGAUUUUGGAGGCGGCUGAUGGCUUUUUAUUCGUAGUGUCAUGCGACUCGGGGCGUGUUAUUUAUAUUUCAGAUUCAGUAACGCCAGUGCUAAACUACACUCAAAGCGAGUGGUAUGGAACCAGUUUGUAUGAUCACAUACAUCCAGACGAUCGCGAAAAGAUUCGAGAGCAGUUAUCAACCCAAGAAUCACAAAAUUCGGGACGUAUUUUAGAUUUAAAGUCGGGCACUGUAAAAAAGGAGGGUCACCACUCUUCCUCCCGAUUGGCUAUGGGGGCCAGGCGUGGCUUUAUAUGUCGCAUGCGUGUAGGCAAUGUAAAUCCCGAAACAAUGGUAACUGGUCAUUUGAAUCGUUUGAAACAGCGUAAUUCCUUGGGUCCUUCUCGGGAUGGUAUAAACUAUGCCGUUGUACAUUGCACGGGGUAUAUAAAAAAUUGGCCUCCAACUGAGAUGUUUCCCGGAGUACACAUGGAUCGUCCUGUAGAUGAUGAAAUGCAUGGCUCUCAUUGGUGCUUAUUGGCUAUAGGACGUUUGCAAGUUACUUCAACUGCUUCCAAUGAUAUGACAAAUGCAAAUAAUCAGUUUGAGUUUAUAACGCGUCAAGAUGAGCAUGGAAAGUUCACCUUUGUUGACCAACGAGUAUUGAAUGUGUUGGGGUAUACACCCACGGAUUUAUUGGGCAAAAUAUGCUAUGAUUUCUUCCAUCCAGAAGAUCAAAGUCAUAUGAAAGAAAGCUUUGCUCAGGUAUUAAAACAAAAAGGGCAAAUGUUUUCGUUGAUGUAUCGAGCCCGAGCCAAAAGUGGUGAAUUCGUUUGGUUACGCACCCAAACAUAUGCGUUUCUAAAUCCUUAUACUGACGGGGUAGAAUAUAUUGUUUGCACAAACAGCUCCAAUAAGGCUACAAUGCAUACUGGGCAAACUCAUGAUAACAAUAAUCCUGAACAAAAUCCGGAACAUGUGUAUGUAGCUCCAGGUGUAGAUUAUACUUUGCAAGCACGACGCGAUAUUGUUUCCGCUGGAACGCCAGCAGAUCCAAACAUGUAUACUUCGCAUGGUAUGAUUGCAGGCAGCCACAUUUCUCAACAAGCACAACAAAAUGUCCAAAGACCGGCAUCGGCACAAAAUCCUGUGACAUACAAUUACGAAACAACGCAUUCGCCGUUGAGUGGGUAUGAAACAGUAACCGGAGGACCUUCUCCUAAUACUGCUCAUAUGGCUAAGAUACCAAAAGCCAAUACUUCACCCACACCUGCUACAGCUAGUUGGCCCUUAAGGCAGCCUCAACAGCAGCAACAACCUGUCACUGAAGGCUACCAGUACAAUCAAACAAGCCCGGCUCGUUCUCCCAGCGGACCUACAUAUACACAAUUGAGUGCAGGAAAUGCACGGCAGGCGCCAACAUAUCAAGUAACACCCACAAACGCGGCUUCUGUUGGGAUGUGGGAUUGGCAGGCAUCUGGACACGCUAAUCACGCUGCCCCGCAUCCAGUAACGCAUCCCCAUGUUCACCCGCAUGCUAUACAUGCAACUCAUGGGGCUAACGUACCUGGCGGCCAACCGCCACCACCACCGCACCAAGGUCAGGAGUUCUCCGAUAUGUUGCAGAUGUUGGAUCAAAGCGGAAGUGGCACAUUCGAGGAUCUUAAUAUCAAUAUGUUCAACACACAAUUUGAAUAAUCUACUUUAGCAUAGACUUCUUGAUACACACGAGGCUGGACCCGCAGACUUUAGCAUAGACUUCUUGAUACACACGAGGCUGGACCCGCAGGAGUGGCAAACAACAGCAAUAUUAAAACAGAUGACAAUGAAGUGCCAGAAUAUGUAAACGCAACCGAUGUGCCGGAAAUGAAAGCGAAAUGUGAAAAAAAUUAAGGAUAAGAAGAAAGUCCAACAUUUUUACCAGCUGCCCGCAUGACUAUAAACAAAAUAGCAACAGAUAGUCUUUUCGCCAACAUUGGCUGAAAUACCUCAUGUAGCUGAUUGAUUUUUAUCACAUUAACAACAACGUCUUUUUUUAAGACGGCCAAUACGAUAAAACGUGGCCGACAUUCUGUGAAGUCUAACUGUAGUAUAGUAAAAUAAAAUCUUUACACACUGAACAAUAUCUACGAACUAUGGGAAGCAUUUAAGCGGGACAGUGUGGGAAAAUUUGUAUUAAGCACCAUUAAAUGCGAAUAGGAAAAAAUUA